UCCCCACGUGUGAUCGAGGGAGGCGGGCAGCGCGCAGCCGGGAUGUCGGUGUCGGUGGCCGCGGGCAACCUGCCCAUGCGGCUGCUCCGUAAGAAGAUCCACAAGAGGAACUUGAAGCUGCGGCAGCGCAAUCUGAAGCUGCGGGCUGCAGAGCAGGAAGGCCGGGCCUCGCUGGGCCCCCCGGAGGAGGAUGAGGAGGUGAAGGAGGCGGCGGCCCCCGAGGCGGAGGCAGAGAGAGAGACAGAGGAGGAUGAGCGGGCAGCGCCGGGCCUUGAGGCCGCUAGGGUGAAGAGGAGGAAGAAGAAGAAGAGGAAGGCUGCGGCUGGCCCCGAGGGAGGUACAGAAACUAAGAAAGCAAAAGCUGAAGAAGACUUAUCUGUGGAGGCAGAAGGUGAAGAUGGGCAGGAUUCUGGAGAAAAAGAAGCAGAAGAGGAGGAUGAAGUGCCCAGUUUACCUCUGGGUCUAACAGGUGCCUUUGAAGACAAUUCUUUCACUUCCCUUGCUGGUCUUGUAAGUGAGAAUACAUUGAAAGGCAUCAGUGAUAUGGGCUUCACACACAUGACAGAAAUUCAGCAUAAAAGUAUUAAACCUCUUCUGGAAGGCAGGGAUAUUUUAGCAGCUGCCAAAACAGGCAGCGGCAAAACACUUGCAUUUCUCAUUCCUGCAGUGGAGCUCAUCUACAAGUUAAAAUUCAUGCCUAGAAAUGGGACAGGUGUUAUUAUUCUUUCACCAACUCGAGAGCUUGCCAUGCAAACCUAUGGAGUUCUUAAAGAACUUAUGAAUCAUCAUGUUCACACCUAUGGUCUGAUCAUGGGGGGCAGUAACAGAUCAGCAGAAGCUCAGAAACUUGGAAAUGGAAUCAACAUAAUUGUAGCAACACCAGGAAGACUUCUGGAUCAUAUGCAGAACACUCCAGGUUUUAUGUACAAGAACUUGCAGUGUUUGGUGAUUGACGAGGCGGAUCGAAUCUUAGAGGUUGGAUUUGAGGAAGAAAUGAAACAGAUCAUAAAACUUCUACCGAAGCGCAGACAGACGAUGCUGUUUUCUGCUACGCAAACCAGGAAGGUGGAAGAUCUAGCCAAGAUCUCUCUGAAGAAAGAACCACUGUAUGUAGGAGUUGAUGAUAACAAGGAGACAGCAACAGUAGAUGGUCUUGAACAGGGCUAUGUAGUGUGCCCAUCUGAGAAAAGAUUCCUUUUGCUCUUCACGUUCCUGAAGAAGAACAGGAAGAAGAAACUAAUGGUAUUUUUUUCUUCGUGUAUGUCAGUGAAGUACCACUAUGAAUUACUCAACUACAUUGAUUUGCCUGUUUUGGCCAUUCAUGGCAAGCAGAAACAGACAAAACGUACUACAACAUUUUUCCAGUUCUGUAAUGCAGAAUCUGGAAUCCUGCUGUGCACUGAUGUAGCUGCCAGAGGACUGGAUAUUCCUGAGGUGGACUGGAUUGUCCAGUAUGACCCUCCAGAUGAUCCAAAAGAGUAUAUUCAUCGUGUUGGUAGAACUGCCAGAGGUAUAAAUGGUAGAGGACAUGCUCUGCUCAUUUUACGUCCAGAAGAACUGGGCUUCCUUCGUUACCUGAAACAAGCCAGGGUACCACUCAGUGAAUUUGAGUUUUCCUGGUCAAAGAUUUCAGAUAUCCAGUCUCAGCUGGAGAAACUGAUUGAGAAGAACUACUUCCUUCACAAGUCAGCCCAGGAAGCAUACAAAGCUUACAUUCGAGCUUAUGACUCCCAUUCUCUGAAGCAGAUCUAUAAUGUGGGGAACUUGGAUCUUAACAAAGUCAGCCUCUCUUUUGGCUUUAAAGUCCCUCCAUACGUUGACCUCAGUGUGAACAGCAACCAAGGCAGAAGGCUGCAGAAAAGAGGUGGAGGUGGAGGAUUUGGUUACCAGAAACCAAAGAGUGUCCACAAAGCUAAAAUCUUCAAACACAUCAGCAAGAAAUCAGACAAUCGACAAUUUUCUCGUUAAUUGUGCAUUCAUUACAGUGGCUUUUUGCUUUCGUUUGAAUCUGUCUGGCAGUAUAUGUUCAUUCAUCAAUGUACAUUUUAAACUUCUCUGCUGACCUUUUAGGGAAAGAAAAGUAUUUGUUUCAGAGCUUCUUAAUGUUUCAUUUUAGGAUGACUCUUUGGAAAAGAGAAUACGGAGAGAUAGCCAAACUUCUUGUAAAGAAGAAGGUGGAUGAGUGUAAUUAUUUCAGCUCAGUGAUUUAUUAAAGAAAGAAUAUUUUCAACUUUUUAUAGACAAAUUUGCUUUAUCCUUUUUACAGGCACCACUGGAACUUGUCAGAAUAGGCAGAAUGCAGGGACAGAUUUCGAUGUGAGAUGACUAGUAUGGCAAGAGACAUGAGUAUGCUAAGAAAUGCAGUUCAUAGGUGUCUGAAAAUAUUUUUACAGUGUAAAAAAAAAAAUAAAGGGAUUUUUGUUCACAAGGA